GCUUUCCCCCAACUUCAUCCUCAACUAACCAGGAGCAGGAACAGCGACUUCAUCGCGAGCCUCUAAUACGAAGUAAUGCGUUACCUCUGCCUCGGACUACCUGUGGCACUGCUACGCGGCACAGCAUAAAGUUCAUAAAGUUGGACAGUCCUGCGAAAGGUAGGUUGUAAUUCAAAGAUCCUACACGUCAAUCACACAUCAAACUCCUCCUCAAUUCCAUAUCUCCGUUUCACAAUGUUUCUCAGCCUCUUAACAAGCCUGCUGAUUUUCGCUGUAACGCCUCUAACCUCUGCGAAUUGUACGACAUUCACCGAUACCCGCUCCCUGGCGGACACAGGUAGCAGCUUCUCGAAUGAGUUCGAGCAAGUGGUCGACAUACUCACAUGCCCAUCCAAAAGCAACGAGACUUGCAUGUUCCCCCGAAAAUCAUACGACAUCACGAUUCCUCGGUAUCUAAACAUCUCUGCGUCCCCUUCCGACGCCGACAAUAUCUUCAGUCUGGCGCAACAAUACUACGGGAUAGGCAGCAGGAAUUACACCGCACCUCCAUUCAUAACACGAAAUACGACGAUUUCCACAACAAAUACUCGUCAAGCAUCCGAUCUGCUUUUGGAAGUCGAACCUGGGAAGAACAAAUCCUUGGUUUGGGUGCCGUACAUGCUCUACAGUUUCGGAAAUCUUGGGGGAUGCUCGAAUACUAGCCUGGAUGGUGUUGGGGUUCGAGCUGCAGCGCCUUAUCUGACAAACGAUACGAACAAUAAUACUGUAAUCGCUGGAGGUUGGGGCGCGUUUACAAGCAAUAUCACAAAUGAUGGCAAUGCAGCUAGAAGUUUAAAGAGUAGUGGUACAACAGCCGCCUUCGUUGGUACAGCUGCUGCUCUCUUUGCCCUUGUGCUUUGAGAGGAUAUUUCCAUUGAUUGGGAGGGUAGAAGGAAAUCAAGAACUUAUUUUCGGCUGUUUCACUUGGCUGCUCGUUUCAUUGCGUGCCAAGAGGACAAAAAUAGCCUACCCGUGGUUCACGUAAUCCCAAUAUACUUUUCUUUCAUUACUGAUAUAUCGAUUGUCGAGUAUUUUGAUUAUCAAAUGCUAUUCAGAAG